CUGCUGCUGCUGCUGAUGGAGGAGGUGAUGGGAGCGCUUUAGGAGGAGCUGCGCCUCCAGCCCUUCACUCUGCCAGCGACGACCAACGUGCGCUUCGCAUGAGCGAGACGUGAAGUAGCGCGAGGCUCGAGUCUCGGUUCCUCGGUUCCUUUCCCCCCCUUUCCUCCUCUUUUUCCUCUUCUCCUUUCCCCAUAAAGACCACCCACGACUGUCUGGAGCCCCCAUGGAGAGGAGGAUGAGCUCCGGAGAGCUGUUCCCCAAGACCCUGAGCGCAGUGUCCAGCAGGAAGAUGGACCCUUACCGCGUGGCACCGGGAGUCGAGCCCCUGUCGUCCAGCUGCUACGAAACAGGCGAGCCCGACCCGGCUGGAGGAGGCGGCGGAGGAGGCGGAAGAGGAGGAGGUGGCGGACCGUUGGGCUUACCGACCGGCUCCUUAUGCGCGCGCUACGGAGACGGCAGCGCGAGCCGGACGCCGGCCGCCGAAAGCAGCGGAGGCGAACAAAGUCCGGACGACGACAGCGACGGCCGCUGCGACCUGAUGUCCCGCGCGCCCUCGUGCGCCUCCUCCGCCAUCGCCGCUUCGUCCGGCGCGCAGGGCAAGGCGCCCGAAGGGGGCAAGAAGAGCCGCGAGCAGAAGAUGCUGCGCCUGAACAUCAACGCGCGCGAGCGGCGGCGCAUGCACGACCUGAACGACGCGCUGGACGAGCUGCGCGCGGUCAUCCCGUACGCGCACAGCCCGUCCGUGCGCAAGCUCUCCAAGAUCGCCACGCUGCUGCUCGCCAAGAACUACAUCCUCAUGCAGGCGCAGGCGCUCGAGGAGAUGAGGAGGCUUGUGGCGUACCUCAACCAGGGCCAGCCCAUGCCGGCCGCCCCUCUGCCUCCAUCCGCUGCGGCCGCGGCAGCAGCCGCCGCAGCUGCCCUCGCCCCGGGCCUGGGAUACGACCAGCCUCCGGCGUACCCCUUCCCUUCCGGAGCCGCGGCCGCAGCCGCCGCUGCUUCAUCCUGCCCCGACAAGUGUGCCCUCUUCAACACGUCCAGCCUGUGCAAACAGUGCACGGACAAGCCUUAAAAAUAGCCCCACGGACGGAGCGGCCAGCGCCGGACUCAAGUUUGCAAGCGUGUGGCUGCAACUCCUCACUCUCAGUUCUUACCAGUAGGCUGCAAUUUCCUAUGUUAUGAAUGGAGGUCAAUGGAAGUGGGAAAGAAUGCUAAUGAAACUUUUUUCCAAAUGACUCCAUUCCUAGCAGUUUUUUUCUCUCUCUCUUGGUUCAGUGUAUAUAAAGAAGCCUGUAUGUGCUGGUGAGAGUGAGUCUAAGACCAAAUGAAGUCUAUGAAUGCUGAGAAAUGGACGAAUAUGGCGAAUCUAUAUGGACCCUUACAGACUGACAGCCAUUGACCUGGCAACAUGCAAUCCAUAUCCUUUACCACACUUUGUUUUUGGCACAUAUUCUAGCUGCUCUUUCGUAUUGAAGUGGAUGUGGCAAAUGGACUUUUCACUGACAUUUGUCACAGAAGCUAGUCGUCUGAACGGUAAUAACCAUGCACUGAGAGUAGAAGGUGGAAAAGUUCACUUUGCUUUGGAGUCAUUUAAGGUCUGUGAAUGGAGUUCAUUUGGUCUGCAUGCGAGAUUUCAUUCUGCACAGUCUUUGCUGUAAAUUUGGCCUUAUUUGAUUUGAAUUAUUUUGAUUUAUUUUUUAUUUUGUUAUUAUUAUUUAAGUCCCCAGUCCUACAGCAGGCUGUGGAUGAGGUUUCUGCUUUUUUAGCUUGUUGUCAGGUCAAGAUGGUGAGCACUGUAGAUACAUUCGUUCGAGUUUGAGUGCAGAGGGCCAUUUGUAUAUUGUUGAUGUACUGGACAAAGCUUUAUUAAAAUAUUUUGAUCAAGCUUAAAA